AUGCUCGCAGCCAGACAGCCUUCUGAUGGGCGGCGGCUCUGGGCGCUGAUGGCGUACACAGGCCUAAGGUUACUACGAGCGCAACACGGCGGCAAGCCCAGCAUCACCGGCUUCGACGUCCGGAAGUACGCCGCCUCGGCCGGCCAGCCCAGAUACGACCCGUGGGAGCGAGCUGAGGCAUGGAGAUACCAGGGCCUCUUCUCGAGAUUCAACCGCUUCCGGGGCGCCUUCCCCGGCCUGGGCAUCGCCACCGUCGCCUUCGCCGCCUACUGCGGGUAUGAGUACAUGUUCCUCCAGGACGACCACCACCACGGCGAGGAGCACCACUAG